AAAUCAUUUGCAAAGAUGUGUGAUUGGACGGGUAAGAAUGUUUUGUUUGCCAGCGGCUUUAGCGGCAUCGGUUUCCAGAUGAUGCACCAGCUAAUGCAGCGGGAGAAGCUCAAGAUGCUGGGCAUUGUGCAUCGCAUGGAAAAUGUGGAGAUGAUUAAGAAGCUGCAGGCAGAGAACCCCGAUGUGAAAGUCGUGUUCAUGCAGAUGAAUCUUAUGGACAAGGUAUCAAUCGAGCAGACAAUGAAGAAAAUGGGACAGAUGAUGGGUAACAUUGACGUAUUGGUAAACUGCGAGGAUGUGCUGCUCGACAAAGAUGUGGAGACCACGAUUGGCAUCAAUUUGACUGCCAUGAUCCAUGUGACCAUGAAGGCGAUGCCUUACAUGGACAAGUCCCAAAUGGGAGUCGGUGGCGUGGUUAUGAACAUGUCCUCUGUCUAUGGACUGGAACCAGCUCCAGCUUUUGCUGUUUACGCUGCUGCCAAGCACGGUGUUGUCGGCUUCACCCGAUCGAUGGGUGACAUGCACAUCUAUCAGAAGACAGGCGUUAUGUUCAUGACAGUGUGCCCAGGACUGACCAACACUGAAAUGAUGAUGAAUCUGCGCGACAAUGUCACUUGGGAGCACUCCGAGCAUCUGGUGGAGGUCAUCGAGAGUGCCAAACGUCAAAUGCCCGAGGAGGCUGCCGUGCAGGUCAUCAAGGCCAUGGAAAUGAUGAAGAACGGCAGCAUGUGGAUCGUAGACAUGGGGCAGCUCAAGGAAGCGAUGCCCCAGAUGCAUUGGCAAAUGUAAAAAAUAGCAUUUCAAUGUUAAAUAAAUAAACUGGCAAUUCACAAUUUGUCAUAAGCAGUUGAUUAAAAGUAAAAACUUGAGAUUUUAAA